AUGCAAGCAGCAGUAACAGCAGUAGCAGCGCUAGCAGCAGCGGCAGCAGCAGCAACAGCAGCAGCAACAGCACUAACAGUAGCGGCAACGGUAGAAUUAGCAGCAGUAGCGGCAUCAGCAGCUGACAGCUACAAACCAGAUCAUCUGUUCCUAGCAACCAGACGCAGUCUCAUCGAUAGGAGUUCUAACAAGUGCUUGUUAUCAAGCAGCACCGUCCUCUCUCGCGAUCUGGUCAUCUGCCUUAUACCUUUUUCAGUUCCCUGA